AUGAUUGAACGAGGAUUGAUCCCCCCCACAGCGAGGAUCACCUUCCAGAACCCACCCGUUAUGCCCAGGCCGGCUCCUCUGCACGACUUCAUUGAGGCCCACAGGAACCCAACUAUUGGUCAUACCACAGUGCGUGUGCCCGCCACACCCAGCAUCCGACCUUGGAAAUCAUUGCAGAUGACAGACAGCAAGCCCAGCAACAUCGCUAUCAAGAAGCCGGCACCAAAGUUCUUGAAAUCCACGGUAUAUAAAAUGUCCAAGACACCGUGGGAAUAUGACUUUAUCAUUUACAAUGGCACCAUAGACAAGACUGCCUCGGAUUUCCUCGCGUUCAAGGAACACGUUAGUUUGAUUUGGGGAAGUGUUGUUUCUUUCUUGGAGCACAUCGAGAAGUUUCUCAGGGACUAUGCCAUCCCAGAAGUCAGGGUGAAGGGGAACAAUCUGGUCGACCUCCUUCCAGAGUUUGAACUGAAAGAUAAACUUAGCAAAGCCGACAUCUUAUCGGUGUUGGAAAAUCCAGAGAAUAUCCAAAGUAUAGUCGACUGUCCAGGGCAGCGGUUCAAAGGCCAAGAUGGGGAGAGAGAGGCGGCGAUCAAGAUCCAAGCCACGUGGAAAUGCUACAAGGCCAGGAAAUUCUACAUCCUGUACCGCCAGCAGAAGUGGGCAUCGGGCGUGAUUGCUAUCAAGUGGCUUUUACAUUGCCACAAGUCCCGAGUCAGGAAGCUGCAGAAGGAAAACCAGCAAAGACAUCUGAGUAAUUUCCACAUUCGUGCCAAGCAUCUGGCAGCCAACUGGAAUCGCAUCCGGACCUCCAGGAGAACCAUUAUCCAUAUCCCAUCAUUAGGCUAUGCCCAGCCUGUCCGAAGAUGCACAGCUGACUUCAAUACGCUACAGAACAUGCAGCUGGGUCGACUCUGUGAUGUCAGAGAUGCCAACGUGACAGUCAUCUACGUAUCCUCCCAGGAAAUGAAAGAGGACUUACUGCUAUACUACAAAAAAAUCCUGAGUCUCCGGGCAGCUGUCAAAUCAGGGAACCUUGAGGACAGAACUGACCUGCAGGACAGGUUCAAAAUCAUCACCCCUGAAGCCAUCAACAUCUUUACUAUGAUAGAGAAGCUGAGUCAGCUCAUCGUUGACAACCUGAAUAUCCAACGCUGGCUCUUCAAAAUGGACUAUGAAUUCGGAGGAAAUGGAAUUGCCUUUUGUGACGUCAUUUCCCAUCUGAGGUGCUACAAGUGGGUCAUGAAGGAGAAUAGGAGGUACGGCAGUGAAGACUGGAACAAAAAAUGGGCACAGGAGCCAGCUUUGGUGAAGAUCUCCCAGGAGCUGCCGGGCAUUUUAGCACAGCACGUGAAGCCAGUCAACACGAAACGGUUCCCAACGUGGAGGAAAUUCCUCCACACGUUUCUCACUCAAGGGGGCGUCAUCGAGGCGUACCCGCCGGCAGAGAGCAUCACCAACCUGAAGGUGGACAUGCUGGUGGAGCCCGGCGGGAGAACGCGGGUGCUGGCCACGGGGGACCAAAUCCACGGCGACAGCCCUUUCGCGUGCUCCGGGAGCACCGUGCCGCAGACCUCCGUGGAGCCCCAAGUCCUCCACUCCCUGUGCCUCCAGGUGGGAGCGGCUUGUAGGACGAGGCAGGUGGUCGGCUACUUUUCCAUCGACCUGGUGACGUUCAUCGACCGGUCCUCCCUGGAGCAGCAGGUGUGGGUCACGGGCCUGAACAUGUGCUACAGUGACCAGCUGGCCCUGACGCAGCUCGCCUUGUACCUGACCAACGGCAAGCUGGACUGUGCGCGCAGCGUCUUCCUCGUGCCCCCCUUUAAGAAGGACAGAGAGGACACGGCUCCAGUCUCGGCUUUUUCUCCUCCUAACAAUCGGGAUGGAUCUCCAGGGGGUCCUCAUGACCUUUGCUCGCAAUCUCUUCAUCAUCCAUCAAGAAGUAUCAGCACCUAA